UGUACAUUCAUUCAACAUAAAUUUGAUCAACAUGUCCGUUCUUCCUCGCCUUACCUUAUUUACAAAGGCCAACUGUGGCCUAUGCACAACUGCUAAGGAAGCCCUAACUCGUGUACAAGCUAAGGUCCCUUUCGAAUUAGAUGAGAUUGACAUCUAUGCAACACCAGAGAACGUUAAUUAUCAAAAAUACAUGUUCGAUGUGCCUGUGGUCGAGAUGAACGGGCGUGUGGCAAUGAUGCACCGCGUCGAUCAAUCUAAGCUGAUUGAGAUUCUACAGAGCGAGCAGUUUAAAGACAUCCCUCUAGGCCAACAUAAUCAUGAAGCAUCAAAAUAAAGUAUACUAUGGCGUAUAUAGAUUUUCAUGUCAAUAUCGGUGGCAACAUCCAUCUAUUCCCAUUUACUCAAAGUGGUGGGACCACCGGAUGGUGUCAUUUCUCCAUUUUGAUAAGGUUUUCUAGAUUCAAUCAUAUUUGCAUCAUCCUCGAGCCUUUAUUUGGCACCAGUUUCAGACAUGUCGUAUCUGCCAGUGUUUUUGUGACCCCAGCAGACUGAGCUCAAAUCAACGUGAUUUUACAUCGGCUUCUGGAGGUGCAAUUGUCUUUGAAUGUCGCGCAGGAUCCAACUUGUCUUCCAUAGCAUCACUGACGUAGAGUCCUGCC